UGUGGCCGGAGAAAGCUUAAAUACCCGGUGAGGGGGGUCGGGUAUGCGCUAAAGACUGGGGAAAUGGAAGCAUCGUGCGUGUUCUGCGGCGGCGCAUCGAGCUUCCUCGGUAUAAGGGUGCGGCGUCAGAGGGAUUCCCUUCAUUCUUCUUUCUUUGCUUCUGUUACUCCGUUCGGCGGGAACAGUAGCUUCUCUCGUGGCGGCGGCUCCAUCUUGUUCGCGUCGCCUUUGCCGCAUUGCCGCUUCCAGGUCGCGAACUCCAAUGGCGGAGGCACCAAGGCCGUCCGUACUGCCAAACGGAAAAGCCGCAAGUCCGGGGGAAGUAGUGGGCCAGGACCCGGACCCGUUGAGACUUCUCAGAAUUUGAAAAAUUCCCCAGUGAGCUCGUCGGUUGAGUUUGAACGGCAAGGACGAAGGAAGCCGGCGCUAACAAGGAAAAAUACGAACACGCCGGCUAACGUCGCCGCACUGUACCAAAGCGGCGACCCGCUGGGACGGAGGGAUCUCGGCAAGUGCGUGGUGACGUGGAUUAGUCAAGGUAUGAAAGCCAUGGCUAUAGAUUUUGCUACGGCGGAGGUUCAGGGGGAGGGCGAAUUCUCGGAGCUCCGGCAGCAAAUGGGGCCAGGUCUGACCUUCGUUAUUCAGGCGCAGCCUUACCUCAACGCCGUGCCGAUGCCGCUAGGCCUGGAGGCCAUCUGCUUGAAAACCUGCACCCAUUACCCUACCCUCUUCGACCAUUUCCAGCGGGAGCUCAGGGAUGUUCUCAAGGACCUUCAGAGCAAGUCUUUGGUUCAAGAUUGGCGGGAAACCGAGUCAUGGAAGCUUCUCAAGGAACUCGCUUGUUCAGCUCAACACAAAGCAAUUGCAAGAAAGAUUUCUGAGCCGAAACCUAUACAAGGUGUCUUGGGAAUGGACAUUGAUAAGGCAAAGGCAAUUCAAAGCAGGAUAGAUGAUUUCACUGAGCAGAUGUCUGCUCUCCUUCGAAUUGAAAGGGAUGCUGAAUUGGAGUUCACACAGGAGGAGCUGAAUGCUGUUCCCACACCAGCUGAAGAAAAUUCAAAACCCUCGAAGCCGAUUGAAUUCUUGGUUAGCCAUGCCCAACCUGAGCAGGAACUGUGUGACACUAUCUGCAAUCUCCAUGCUGUUAGCACGUCCACAGGAUUGGGCGGAAUGCAUUUAGUGUUGUUCAAAGUGGACGGAAAUCACAGAUUGCCACCCACUAACCUUUCCCCUGGGGACAUGGUUUGUGUGAGGACUUGUGACAGUAGGGGAGCUGGUGCUACUUCUUGCAUGCAAGGGUUUGUUAAUAACCUAGGAGAGGAUGGUUGUAGCAUUACCUUGGCCCUUGAAUCCCUUCGUGGAGAUCCUACUUUCUCAAAGCUCUUUGGGAAGAAUGUGCGGAUAGAUCGCAUUCAAGGAUUGGCCGACACGCUCACAUAUGAGCGUAAUUGUGAGGCCUUGAUGAUGCUUAAGAAGAAAGGGUUACAGAAGAAAAACCCUUCAAUAGCUGUCGUGGCUACACUUUUUGGAGACCAAGAAGAUGUUGCAUGGCUGGAGAAGAAUGAUUUGGCAGAUUGGGCUGGAGUGGAAUUAGAUGCAUCAAUUGACAGCAAAGGUUAUGACAUCUCCCAGAGAAGGGCAAUUGCAUUAGGUUUGAAUAAAAGGCGACCUAUCCUGAUUGUACAAGGGCCUCCAGGCACAGGGAAGACAGGUUUGCUGAAGGAAUUGAUUUCACUUGCUGUUCAACAAGGUGAAAGGGUUCUUAUAACAGCCCCUACAAAUGCAGCUGUGGACAAUAUGGUAGAAAAACUGUCUGACGUUGCAAUAAACAUUGUUCGUUUUGGAAAUCCUGCAAGGAUAUCCCCAGUAGUAAGUUCGAAAUCUUUAACUGAGAUUGUGAAUACUAAACUUGCUGAGUUUCGGGCGGAGUUACAUAGGAAGAAAACAGAUCUGAGGAAGGACCUGAGACAUUGUUUGAAUGAUGAUUCUUUAGCAGCUGGCAUACGUCAACUUCUGAAACAACUUGGAAAGUCCUUGAAGAAGAAGGAAAAGGAAACUGUAAGAGAAGUUUUGUCAAGUGCUCAGGUUGUGCUUGCAACUAAUAUAGGGGCAGCUGAUCCACUAAUUAGGCAGUUGGACACAUUUGAUUUGGUUAUAAUAGAUGAAGCAGCUCAAGCAAUUGAACCAUCUUCUUGGAUACCUAUAUUGCGGGGAAAGCGUUGUAUUCUUGCAGGGGACCAGUUCCAGCUUGCUCCUGUGAUCCUUUCUAGGAAAGCCCUAGAAGGAGGUCUUGGAAUAUCACUUCUAGAAAGAGCGGCAUCUUUGCAUGAAGGAAUGCUCUCUACAAAACUAACCACACAGUACAGGAUGAAUGAUGCCAUAGCCAGCUGGGCUUCAAAGGAGAUGUAUGGUGGAUCAUUAAAAUCUUUUCCUCAAGUUGCUUCUCAUCUUCUUGUGGAUUCCCCUUUUGUAAAGCCCACAUGGAUAACUCGGUGCCCACUGCUAUUGCUUGAUACAAGGAUGCCCUAUGGAAGUUUAUCUACUGGUUGUGAAGAGCAUUUAGACCCAGCUGGUACUGGUUCCUUUUACAAUGAAGGGGAAGCAGACAUUGUUGUUAAACACGUCCUGUCUCUAGUUUAUUCUGGUGUUAGUCCUGUAGCCAUUGCUGUGCAAUCUCCAUAUGUUGCUCAAGUGCAGCUACUGAGAGACAGGCUUGAUGAAAUCCCAGUGACCACAGGUGUUGAGGUUGCGACUAUUGACAGCUUUCAAGGCCGUGAAGCAGAUGCAGUGAUCAUAUCAAUGGUUCGUUCAAACAAUAUGGGAGCGGUGGGGUUCUUGGGUGACAGCCGAAGAAUGAAUGUUGCCAUAACAAGAGCACGCAAGCAUGUAGCAGUGGUGUGUGACAGCUCCACCAUAUGCCACAACACCUUUUUGGCGAGGUUGCUGCGCCAUAUUAGAUAUUUUGGUCAUGUGAAGAACGCAGAACCUGGCAGUUUCGGAGGAUUUGGCCUUGGCAUGGAUCCCAUGUUGCCUACUGCAAAUUAAGCUCGCAGGUGUUACAAUCAAGUUUCUUUUAUUCACACACUUGAACAUGGAGGACAACUCUCAGUGAUUUUUUUCCAAAAGCAACACAUACUCAUUAUUGUUUAUUGUAUAUAAUAACUCAAAGAAAUUCCACAACAGUGUAAAUAUUCUCUAUUCCUUUUUAAGAAACAA